GCCCUUAUCAUUCCAGACUGAGUCUCUGAGCUGUGCUGCUCCUUGGACAGUGGAACCUCCAGCUUGUCCCACUAUGGGCUUCCUCCCACUCUUGUUCCUUCUCCUGGGUAUUACAGGUUGCAUUGUCGAAGGUGUCCACGAAGUGCUGGAGACCAUAGCCGGUAGCUCAAUAUCCCUACAGUGCCGCUAUGAACCAAAAGAUAUCCGGGCCCGGAAGGUGUGGUGUCGAAUCUUGCCCACAGGGUGCCGUUCUAUUAUCACUUCUGUUGUGGACAGGAGAGCCCCAGGUAGUGGGAAAGCCCACCUCACGGACCUUGGUGAAGGCUUACUCGAAGUGGUGAUGGAUGAUGUGCAGCUGGAGGAUGCUGGAGAGUAUAACUGCAUGGUGGAUACAGCCACUGGACCCCAGGUCAUACAAAAGUUCAUUCUGAAAGUAUUCCUUCCAGUGUCAAGGCAGGAAGAAGAGGAGGAGGAAAAGGAGGAGGUGGUGGUGGAGGAGGAGGAGGAGAAGGAAGAUUACAAGGAAGAAACUUUGACUUUAGCUCCUAUGGAAUAUCCUACAAGCAGUCCGAGCUUCAGCCCUGUGGAGCCCAACCGAGAAGCCUGGAGCAUUCCCCUGGUCUGGGGUUCUGUGCUUCUUCUGGGUCUGCUACUCGUGGCUGCUGUGGUAUUGGCUGUGAUAGCUGGCAGGAUGGGGGGCAAGCUGGACAUUUGUGGGCCAUCUCAAAGCAGUGAAACAUCAGCCUGGGAUACCAGGAUGCCUGCUGAAGAGCCAUCCAAUGUGCCUUAUGAGAAGCUGGGGACUCCUCCCUCGUUAGAUGACACUACUUACACCAACCCGCCUCUAGGUCCCCCAUCAGGAAAACCACCACCUCCACCUCCCCCAACAACCAAAUCAGACCCCCAAGUCCAUUUCAGUUCUAAGCCUGUGACAUAUGCAACUGUUGUCUUCCCCUCAGAGGCUGAGGAUGGAGAGACUCCCAGUCAACCUACUUAGGUGCAAACUGGCCUUCAGUUCCCACCAAAUUCAUUUCCCACCUCAAUUCCACCAUGAAAGUAUGCACAUUAGGAGUGUCAUUCCUGUGAUCUGGAACUGUCUACCUUAUAUCAUAGAACCAAAGAAUAUUUAGAUUUUCGAGAUCUUGCCUCCUUGUUGGAAUGUAAGCUCCCUGACGGGGGUAUGUCCCUCGCACAAUGCCUGGCAUAUAGUAGAGGCUUAAUAAAUUCUUGCUGAUUAUCUAUUCAAAUCCCCUCAUUUCAGAAAAGGGAAAAUUCAGGCCCAGAGAUGACUGUUGACCCAUAGCAAUGAUACUAACAACUUUCAUUACAGGCCUUUGAUUCAAAAAACUCUUUCCUCCCAAAAAAUCCUGUGAAGGAGGUAGCACAGGAACUUCUUAUUAUUUGACAUGGAAAUGAAAGGUGGGAGCUCAGAACUUUGAGUGGAAACUCAUGUUUGAGCCCUAGUUAAAUGGUUUACCUUGAAUAGCAUAACUAACCAGUGUCUGUGCUGGAGAUCAAACACAAGUCUAAAAGGAAUUACCCUUCACAAUUCUAGGGCUGCUACAAUUUUAUUAUCCAAAUGUGAACUCAAUAAACUCUAAUCAGCCUCAA